AUGGUGUCUCAUAUCGCCCUGAGCGAACAUCAACUGAUACAUGCGCUAAUAGAAGUGGCAUCAGGAAAUAGACCUUUCAAUUGUAUAUUGGGUCACAGCAGUGCCACUUCUGCAUCUUUGCCUUUUAUGCCAUUUGUGAUGGGUGGUGCAGCAUCAUCCCCUCAUGUAGACUCCAGCACCAUGCUUCAUCACCACCACCACCACCACCACCCCCACCAUCACCACCAUCACCAUCCAGGCCUGAGAGCCCCUGGCUACCCCUCUUCACCAGCGACUACCGCCUCUGGUACUACCUUGCGGGUGCCAUCACUGCAACCUGAGGAGGAUGACGAUGAGGAUGAAGAAGAUGAUGAUGAUUUAUCUCAGGGCUAUGAUAGCUCAGAAAGGGACUUCUCACUCAUUGAUGAUCCUAUGAUGCCAGCCAACUCAGACUCCAGUGAAGAUGCUGAUGACUGAAGUCCCAGCAUGGACCCCAUUGCUUGGGCGGCUGCUGUAUUUUCAUUUACUCUGGCCCUUGGACUAUGGAAACGUGGGAGGGGCAG